CUUAAGUAUCUUUAACUCAGCAGGAUGCCAAAACUUAGCGUCGUGGCGCACGAGUUGGGCGGCAGCGGCCCUUUGCUUCUGCUGCUGCACGCGAAUGGCUUUCACGGUCGCAUCUUCUUGCCAAUGGUGAGCAACUUGUAUCAAAUUAAUACAUCAAAUAACAAACAGCGGCAGUCAACCCAGCCCCCGAGUUCCGCGUAAUUGACAUUUCAUCCAUGACAUGGCUGGGCGUCGCUCGCUGCAGGUGCCCCUGCUCUCCAAGCACUUUCGUUGCGUAGCUCUCGACCUGCCUGGCCACGGCCAGGCCCCCGCGCCAACAGGGCCCAUCAGCGAGGCAGACCUGGUCGCAGCAGUUCAGGAUUACGUGGAGCGGGAGGGCGUGCGGGGCGCCUUCUGCAUGGGUCACAGCCUGGGCGGCACAUUGGCGGCCUUGCUUGAGUGGGAGCGGCCCGGAACCUUCAGGAGCAUGUUCCUGUUUGAGCCGGUGCUGCGGCCGCACCUGCACAUGGCGCCGCCGGCAUCACCACCACCACCACCACCACCACCGCCGCCGCAUGCACAGCAGCAGCAGCAGCAGCAAUCGGGAAGUGUGGAGGCUGGCAGUGGCGGUGGGGGUGGCGGGGCAGGUGCGGCCGCUGCAGGGGCGGUCCAGUCGCCGCUGGCACGGCUGGCGCGCAAGCGGCAGGCCUUCUUCCCCAGUGUGGAGGCGGCGGUGGCGGCGCUGGGGGCCAAGCCGCCCUUCAGCGCCUUCAGCCCCCUGGCGCUGCACGCGUACCUGGCGUGUGGCGGGCUGCGACCCGUGCAGCCAGAGCCAGGGCAGGCCGCCGGCGGCACCGGCGGGUCAGCAGCAGCAGCAGCAGCAGCAGCUGGCGGCAGUAGCAGCAGUGGCGGCAGUAGCAGCGGUGGUGUUACGCUGGCGUGUGCGCCCGAGAGUGAGGCCCGGGUGUUCGACGCACUGGCCCUGCCGCCCUGGAGGCCCUGGGGGGACAUGGGCGGCGCCCGCUGCUGCGGCAGUAGCAGUAGCAGGAGCGACAGCGGCAGCAGCUGUGGUGGCAGUAGCAAGGGGGCAGCGCCGGGGGCCGCCAGUGCGUCUGCGUGCUGCUCCUGCAGCGGCAGUAGCAGCAGCAGUAGCAGUAGCAGCAGUGGCGGCGCCUGGUGCGGGCGGUGCUGCCGUGUGGCUGUAGCAGUGGGUCGUGCUGUUGCGGGUGGGCUGCACUCGGCACUGCCCGUGUUCGGGGCUGCGCUGGCGGAGCAGGUGCCGGGGGCGCAGCUGAUCAGGUUCCCGGCGCUGGGCCACCUGGGCCCUAUGGAGGACCCGGCGGCUGUGGCGGCAGUAGCACUGCACUUCUUCCAAACCGGCGGGGCCCCUGCUACUGCUGCUGCUGCUGCUGCUGCUGCUACUGCUGGCACGCCCGCUCCGGCCAGCAGGCUUUGAGGUGAUAAGGUGUACUUGCCAUGCGCAUUAUUGGAAGAAUUGCAAAAGAUGCGAUGUCUGAUGUCUUGUGAGUGCCAAGGGACGAGCAAGGUCGAGCAACCAUGUCCAAUUUAUUGCUCGUGACGUCAGGUUCCGGGUGUGCUGAGAGCUUUCCUUUGAAAGCCGAAGCGAAGCUCCUUGAAGGUGGGAGUGAUUGUGUGGCGUGAUCAACGACAAAGAGCAGGCGACACGGUGUACAUUAGAAGUCAGCUAUCGACUGCUAUGAUGCAAGCUGGUGCGAGGCUCUUGAUAGUGGCGUUCAGGAGCGUGUCACGGUGCCAGGGCGCCGUACGACUCACCCAUGUCGGUCUUCAUGCAAGGGCGUACAGGGCUUGUGGCGUGUGCGGCAGGGGCGUGUGUGUGACUGUGUGUAUACGCAAUCAGGGAUGCAGGGCGUGCGUGUCGCAAAGGGCGGAGCCGUGGGAGGUAGAGGAGGGUUUGGCGCUCGACGCCAUCUGGAGGCAGAACUUAUUCUAAUUCUCCUCUGAGUCUGUAAAGUAUUUCACGU